AUGCAGGCAUACAAGGAACUUGAGCAACUAUUUACAAAACUCUAUCGCUAUGAACAUCUUUAUUCGCUUGCUGCGUGGGACGCCCGUGUAAUUAUGCCUCCAAAGGGUGAUGAGGCACGUGGAGCCGCAAUGGGUGAGCUUCGUGUGCAUAUGCAUGAUAUUAUCACCGAUGCCAAGGUGAGAGCACUGCUUGAAAAAGCUGAAAAGUCAGCGGGAGAUUUUGAUGAUCUAAGGCGUGCCAACCUUCGUGAGAUGCGUCGCGUCUGGCAGUUGGAAAAUCUUCUUUCUGGGGACUUUGUCGAGCGCAAAGCGAUUCUUACAACAAAGGCCGAAGAAGUAUGGAAAAAGUGCCGCGCGGAGAAUAACUUUGUCGGAUUUCUUCCGACAAUGAAGCAGCUGGUUGAGCUGUGCCGCGAGGAGGGGAGACUGCGUGCCGGGAGCUCCGGCAAGCAUCCGUAUGAGGCCUUGGUGGAUCUCUAUGAGCCCGGCAUGACGCUUCAACGCCUGGACGAGGUAUUUGGCUACGUCAAGUCGUGGCUGCCUGGGCUUCUGAAGGAGGUGCAGGCGAAGCAGAAGAAACUUUACGAAAACGUUGUGGAGCCCAAGGGGCCGUUUCCGGUGGUAACGCAGGAGGCACUGGGCCGUUUUUUUAUGGGUGUGUGGAAGUUUGACUUUGAUGGUGGCCGGCUGGACGUCAGUGCGCACCCGUUUUGUGGGAACUCAAAGGAAGACGUGCGCAUCACCACAAACUACCGCGAAAACGAAUUUGUGACGAGCCUGAUGGGUAUCAUCCAUGAAACAGGGCACGCUAAGUAUGAGCAGAAUUGCGGACCCGCAGGAUUUGAGACUCAGCCAGUUCGUGAGGCACGUUCACUUGGUAUUCAUGAGAGUCAGUCGCUGUUUGCAGAAAUGCAAAUUGGCCGUUCUGCUGCCUUCAUGGAGUUUCUUGCUCCCAAGCUUGUGGAAUACUUUGGCGAUCAACCUGCCUUUACCCCUGCCAAUAUGAAGAGGGUGUCACAGCGCGUUUCCCCUGGCUUCAUCCGCAUUGAUGCUGACGAGCUUUCCUAUCCGCUGCAUGUUAUCCUGCGUUAUGAGCUUGAGCGCGACCUAAUGGAUGAAAAGAUGGAGGCAGAGGAUCUACCGAGGGCAUGGAAUGAAAAGAUGAAGAGCUACCUUGGUCUGGAAACUCUUGGUAACGACAAGGAAGGAUGCCUGCAGGAUAUUCAUUGGGCAGAAGGUACGUUUGGAUACUUCCCGACGUACCUUAUUGGAGGAAUGGUGGCAGCACAGCUGAUGAACUCGAUCCGGAAGGAGCUUGGUGAGGAGGUCGUGGAGGAUUGCAUCCGCAAAGGUGAACUUGACAAGCUUCUUGAGAAGCAGAAGGAGAAGAUUUGGCGGCACGGUUCCUCACUGACGACUGAUGAGCUGCUCAAGCAGGCCACCGGAGAAACCCUGAACCCCAAAUACUACCGUAUGCAUCUGGAGCGCCGCUACCGCGACGACAAAGGAUAA